ACGGUUUUCAUCAUCAGCACGGAAAAUAAGAUUUUUCUAAGAUUAAAAAAAAAGGCCGGCAAAACCAAGUCUUUAGUUUUGCUCUCAUUUUUAUUUUUUUAUUUUUUUAUUGUUUUAUUUUAUUUUAGUAUUUAUAUUUCCAUUUAGAAGUUCUCUGCCAUUUCCCAGUAAUAGAACUGGGGUCUUUUCCAUUUAUUUUCUUAAAUUUUUCUAUUAUUUGUUGUUGGUUUUCACCCAUGUUUUGAGUUAUUGGAUGAAAUCAUAGAGAUGGGUUUUCUCAGUAGUGUUUUGGGGCUCAUUGGUUUUGGAUUUGGAAUACCUAUUGGUGCUCUGUUGGGCUAUUUCUUGUUCAUAUACUUCCAGACCAAAGAAAUCAAGGAUCCAAAUAUAAGGCCAAUUAAUGAAUUGGAUUCAACAGCAUUGCAUUCCCUUCUGCCAGAGAUUCCUUCAUGGGUGAAGAACCCAGACUAUGACAGAGUAGACUGGCUGAACAAGUUUGUUCAUGAUAUGUGGCCUUACCUAGACAAGGCAAUAUGUAGAACAAUAAAACAAAUGGCAGAACCAAUAUUUGGUCAGUACACUGGGAAGUUUUGCAUUGAGUCUAUUCAGUUUGACAGCCUAACUCUUGGGUCUCUGCCUCCGACUGUUCAAGGGGUUAAAAUCUAUGACACACAGGAAAAGGAUUUGGUUUUGGAGCCUGUGCUUAAGUGGGCUGGAAACCCCAACAUAUCAGUCAUUGUAAAAGCCCUAUCUCUUCCGGUGACUGUGCAGCUACUGGAUCUGCAAAUUUGCCUAACUCCUCGCAUAACUAUGAAGCCACUCGUGCCAUCUUUCCCAUGCUUUGCCAACGUGAUUGUGUCCUUGAUGGAGAAGCCCCAUGUCGAUUUUGGACUGAAGUUACUUGGAGGUGAUAUCAUGGCUAUCCCUGGUCUCUAUCGAUAUGUUCAGGAGAAGAUUAAAGAACAAAUUGUUUGCCUUUACCUAUGGCCAAAAGUAUUGGAAAUACCUAUUCUUGAAAAUACUAGGGCCAUGAAGAAGCCGGUAGGCGUACUUCAUGUUAAGGUUGUCCGGGCGAUCAACCUCAGAAAGAUGGAUUUAUUGGGGAAAUCCGAUCCCUAUGUGAAGCUUUGCCUAAGUGAGGAGAAACUACCAGCAAAGAAAACCACCAUCAAAAUGAGCAAUCUGAGCCCUGAGUGGAACGAGCAGUUCAAGCUUGUUGUGAAGGAUCCCGAGUCUCAAGUCCUUGAACUCCAUGUCUAUGAUUGGGAUAAGGUUGGUUCACAUGAUAAGUUGGGAAUGCAAGUCAUUCCUCUUAGGCUGCUGACUCCACAUGAGACCAAGACGUUUGAGCUUGAGUUACUUAAGAACAUGAAUCUCAAUGAUCCCCAAAACAAGAGGAAUAGAGGUCAAAUUGUGGUUGAGGCCACCUUUAACCCUUUCAAAGAGACAAACCGCUCAUCUAGUGGAUCAUCACUAGGUGAUGAAGUGGGUGAAGUUGAGGGGGAUCAUGAAAACUUGCCUACUACUGGUGGGUGGCUUUCGAUCAUCAUCCAAAGUGCCGAGGAUGUUGAGGGAAAGCAUCACACAAACCCUUAUGUGUUGAUCCUUUUCAAAGGAGAGCGGAAGAAAACUAAGUUGGUAAAAAACUGCAGGGACCCAGUUUGGAAUGAAGAGUUCCAGUUCAUGAUGGAAGAAGCUCCUAGAGAUGAGAAGAUCCACAUUGAAGUCAUGAGCAGGAGAAAGGGGUUCAAUUUUCAUUCAAAGGAAUCUCUGGGACUUGUUGACAUGGAUCUAAUGGAUGUUGUGAAUAACGGACGCAUCAAUGACAAAUUCCAUCUCAUCAACUCGAAGAAUGGCACAAUACUUGUUGAGAUGAGAUGGAAAUCCAUUUAAAGAAAAAUAAAUGUGAACAGAAAAAAAAAAAAAAA